GUUUACUGUACCACAGUCAGUCCAGCAAAACAAAGCAAGAUGUACGCAAAACUCGCUCUUCUCGCCGUCGUGAUUGCCGUUGCAGUUGCAGUGCCCACUCCUGGAGGUUACGGACACCACAAGCACGUUACGAUCCACGUGCCGUACAAAAUCCACACGAUCCACCAUCACCACGUGUCUAAAGUGCAUGUACCAGUGCAUGUGCCGGUCAUCAAGGAGGUGCCCGUGAUUAAGGAGGUGCCGAUUUACAAGCACGUGCCUGUGCCCGUGGUGCAGCACGUACCUGUACCCGUCAUCAAGAAGGUGGAGGUGGAGAAGCAGGUGUUCGUCCCGGUGCACGACCACCAUGAGGAGCAUCACGGAUGGGAGAGCGAGUCGCUGUCGCACGGCUGGCACUGAUUCCCAUUACAUACUAGAUUAGGAUUAGGUUUUAUUUUAAGUACAAGCCAAGACCUCGUCGUACUUACAACUGUGUACAGUAUACCCACCAGUGCAGAUAAAAACCCACUUAUUAAUAUAGAUGAAAUGUUACCGUUAUUUUUUAUAUGUAAGAACCAAAGACAAAAUAAAUGAAUGUUAAAUUCUAA